GCCUGGGAAGGGGCGGAGGAAGGAGACUAGAGCAGGAAGAGCAGCGGCGAAGCGGCGGCGGUGACUCCGUGGUGGCAGAGGCGAAGGCGACAUCUCUAGGGGUUGGCACCGGCCCCGAGAGCAGGAUGCGGGUCCGGAUAGGGCUGACGCUGCUGCUCUGUGCGGUGCUGCUGAGCUCGGCCUCGGCGUCCUCGGAUGAAGAAGGCAGCCAGGAUGAAUCCUUAGAUUCCAAGACUACUUUGACAUCAGAUGAGUCAGUAAAGGACCAUACUACUGCAGGCAGAGUAGUUGCUGGUCAAAUAUUUCUUGAUUCAGAAGAAUCCGAAUUAGAAUCCUCUAUUCAAGAAGAGGAAGACAGCCUCAAGAGCCAAGAGGGGGAAAGUGUCACAGAAGAUCUCAGCUUUCUAGAGUCUCCAAAUCCAGAAAACAAGGACAAUGAAGAGCCAAAGAAAGUACGGAAACCAGCUUUGACCGCCAUUGAAGGCACAGCACAUGGGGAGCCCUGCCACUUCCCUUUUCUUUUCCUGGAUAAGGAAUAUGAUGAAUGUACAUCAGAUGGGAGGGAAGAUGGCAGACUGUGGUGUGCUACAACCUAUGACUACAAAGCAGAUGAAAAGUGGGGCUUUUGUGAAACUGAAGAAGAGGCUGCUAAGAGACGGCAGAUGCAGGAAGCAGAAAUGAUGUAUCAAACUGGAAUGAAAAUCCUUAAUGGAAGCAAUAAGAAAAGCCAAAAAAGAGAAGCUUAUCGGUAUCUUCAGAAGGCAGCAGGCAUGAACCAUACCAAAGCCCUGGAGAGAGUGUCAUAUGCUCUUUUAUUUGGUGAUUACUUGCCACAGAAUAUCCAGGCAGCGAGAGAGAUGUUUGAGAAGCUGACUGAGGAAGGCUCUCCCAAGGGACAGACUGCUCUUGGCUUUCUCUAUGCCUCUGGACUUGGUGUUAAUUCAAGUCAGGCAAAGGCUCUUGUAUAUUAUACAUUUGGAGCUCUUGGGGGCAAUCUAAUAGCCCACAUGGUUUUGGGUUACAGAUACUGGGCUGGCAUUGGCGUCCUCCAGAGUUGUGAAUCUGCACUGACUCACUAUCGUCUUGUUGCCAAUCAUGUUGCUAGUGAUAUCUCGCUAACAGGAGGCUCAGUAGUACAGAGAAUACGGCUGCCUGAUGAAGUGGAAAAUCCAGGAAUGAACAGUGGAAUGCUAGAAGAAGAUUUGAUUCAAUAUUACCAGUUCCUAGCUGAAAAAGGUGAUGUGCAAGCACAGGUUGGUCUGGGACAACUGCAUCUGCACGGAGGACGUGGAGUAGAACAGAAUCAUCAGAGAGCAUUUGAUUACUUCAAUUUAGCAGCAAAUGCUGGCAAUUCACAUGCCAUGGCCUUUUUGGGAAAGAUGUAUUCGGAAGGAAGUGACAUUGUACCUCAGAGUAAUGAGACAGCUCUCCACUACUUUAAGAAAGCUGCUGACAUGGGCAACCCAGUUGGACAGAGUGGGCUCGGAAUGGCCUACCUCUACGGGAGAGGAGUUCAAGUUAAUUAUGAUCUAGCCCUGAAGUAUUUCCAGAAAGCUGCUGAACAAGGCUGGGUGGAUGGGCAACUACAGCUUGGUUCCAUGUACUAUAACGGCAUUGGAGUCAAGAGAGAUUAUAAACAGGCCUUGAAGUAUUUUAAUUUAGCUUCUCAGGGAGGCCACAUCUUGGCCUUCUACAACCUAGCUCAGAUGCAUGCCAGUGGCACCGGUGUGAUGCGAUCAUGUCACACUGCAGUGGAGUUGUUUAAGAAUGUAUGUGAACGAGGCCGUUGGUCUGAAAGGCUUAUGACUGCCUAUAACAGCUAUAAAGAUGGCGAUUACAAUGCUGCAGUGAUCCAGUACCUCCUCCUGGCUGAACAGGGCUAUGAAGUGGCACAAAGCAAUGCAGCCUUCAUUCUUGAUCAGAGAGAAGCAACCAUUGUAGGUGAGAAUGAAACUUAUCCCAGAGCUUUGCUACAUUGGAACAGGGCUGCCUCUCAAGGCUAUACUGUGGCUAGAAUUAAGCUCGGAGACUAUCAUUUCUAUGGAUUUGGCACCGAUGUCGAUUAUGAAACUGCAUUUAUUCAUUACCGUCUGGCUUCUGAGCAGCAACACAGUGCACAAGCUAUGUUUAAUCUGGGAUACAUGCAUGAGAAAGGUCUGGGCAUUAAACAGGAUAUUCACCUUGCAAAACGUUUUUAUGACAUGGCAGCUGAAGCCAGCCCAGAUGCACAAGUUCCAGUCUUCCUAGCCCUCUGCAAAUUGGGCAUUGUCUAUUUCUUGCAGUACAUACGGGAAACAAACAUUCGGGAUAUGUUCACCCAACUUGAUAUGGACCAGCUUUUGGGACCUGAGUGGGACCUUUACCUCAUGACCAUCAUUGCGCUGCUGUUGGGAACAGUCAUAGCUUACAGACAAAGGCAGCACCAAGACUUGCCUGCACCCAGGCCUCCAGGGCCACGGCCAGCUCCACCCCAGCAAGAGGCGCCACCAGAGCAGCAGCCACCACAGUAACAGCCACUGGGUCCAGCCUUGAUCAGUGACGGCAAAGGAAGUUAUCUGCUGGGAACACUUGCAUUUGACCUUGGAUCAGUGGUCACCUCCCGGAAGAGGCACGGCACAAGGAAGCAUUGAACUCCUAAAGCUGCUUAGAAUCUGAUGCCUUUAUUUUCAGGGAUAAGUAACUCUUACCUAAACUAAGCUGAAUGUUUGUUUCAGUGCCAUAUGGAAUAACAACUCUCAGUGGCUUUCUUUUUUCUUUUCUGGAAACAUAUGUGAGACACUCAAAGUAACGUCUACUGUAUCCAGCUAUCUUUCUUGGAUCCUUUUGGUCAUUAUUUCAGUGUGCAUAAGUUCUUAAUGUCAACCAUCUUUAAGGUAUUGUGCAUCAACACUAAAAACUGAUCAGUGUAAAAAGGAAAACCCAGUUAGUUGCAAAUUUAAAUGUGUUUGAAAGUCUGAAAAUAGAACUUGCCUUUUAAGUUUUUGGAAACUGCGACAACUGAGAAGCUCUUACCAGUCCACAUGCAAUUAGAUUUAUUCAGCAUAUUCGUUAUUUUAAAAGGGAAGGUUGGGCGGUUUCUUAUUGGUGAUUGUCAUACAGUAUACCAUACUCCUCUCCUUCAAAGACUGAAAGGCCUUGUUAAGGAGCUUUUUGUGAGCUUUACUUUUUGGAAUGGAAUAUACAUAUACAGAGCCUUGUGAACUGACUCCUUGCGCUAACGAGAAUUUGCCCCACCUACUCUGUAAUUUGCUUGUUUGUUUUGAAUAUACAGAGCCUUGAUCCAGAAGCCAGAGGAUGGACUAAGUGGGAGAAAUUAGAAAACAAAACGAACUCUGGUUGGGGUACCACGAUCACAGACAGAGACACACUUUUCCUAAAGUUAAAGCAUUUGUUCCCAGGAUUUAUUUUACUUGGCAUUUCUUUUUGCACAAAGAACACAUCACCUUCCUGAAUUCUUUAAAUAUGAAAUAUCAUUGCCAGGGUAUGGCUUACAGUGACUACUAUUAUAAUACUAAAACUCAGAGAAUCAAAGAUGGAUUAAACUCAGUGGUUGAUGAAAGCCAAAACCUGUCUAUAUUGUUCUGUACUAUUCAGGUAUCUUUUUAUUUCUGAUAGUUUUAUAUUAUAAUAGAAAGCCAGCCACUGCUUAGCUAUCAUAGUCGCCAUUUUCUCACUACUAACAUUAGGAAAAUCAAGGCUACUUGAUUUUCAGGAUUGUCUGGUUAAAUAGUAUGGGAAAAAAAACUGAAGAGGUUCACAUAAUCACACACGUGAAGGAAUUAAAGCUUAAACUGAAUUUGUAUUUCAUUUUAUUGUCAGAUGGUGGUGUUCACCAGCCUGUAUCUUGUCUGAGACUGCAUUUGUAUCUGAGCGGGUUUUCUAUGCCUACUGAUGUCAGUCUGUUUAUACUAACCUUCAUGCUUUUUUCCCAGAAUCCCUCAUCUGCCAGAAAACUUGAAAAGUUUAUUGCUUGUAGAGGUGUACUGCUUUGAUUUUUGAAGUUGGGGUAGUAGUUAGAACUAGAUUUAACUAGCCUAUAAUGAACAUGAAGGCUUUUAAAUGUGAAGUUGUAUACCUUUUUUGUGUUUAGAGAAUUAUGGGAAACCUGGUAAGCAAAACUUUCCUCCCAGAUAAUUGCUUCCAGAUUCGAAGGGUUGGUCACCAAGAGAACCAUAUGUAUGAAAGCAUAUCUGUGAAAGGUAGGAAAUCUACCCCCACUAAGUGUAAUGUUGCUUUAGGCAGCUCUUGUAAAUACUAAGACUUGUUUGGUCUCUGACACGUAGAGAUUUGAGUUCAGUUGGUACAGUACUUUGGUGUCUGCACCACGGCCCCUUCUCCCCGCUUCAAAAUAAGUGUAAUCCAUGGUAGCAGCCACACUUCCUUUAGAAAGAACUGUUAUAAUUUAUUUAAAAGUUGAAAAACCACCCAAGAUGACUACCAACUUUCACUUUUUUCUUCUGCUGUCCACCCUCAUUUUUCUUUCAGCAAGAUUUUUAUAUCAAACUUUCCUUUCCUCCAUUGAGUACAUGCUUUGAGAAAACAUGUCUUAAAACAGUGUGUGCCACCUAAGGCUGGAUGGGAAAGUGCAGUCUCGUUCUUCAUAUAAUAACCCACUUCUUAUUAGUUUACCACUUGCCUUUUUUUAUUGUUAAUGUUCUGAAUUUCCUUUUCUUGGCUUGUUUCCACUUUGUUUUACCCUGGGUCAUUUGCUGCCAGCAGUUUGUGAAUGGUAUCUUUCAAAUAACUUAGUUCUUAUGGCUUCACUUAAAGACUGUCUCAAAAAUACUUUGCUCUCUUCUUCUUUUGUGUUCAUGGGACAUGGUACCUAAGCAAAUAGGAGUUGGGUUUGGUUUUUCUCCUAAAAUAAUGCUCAAUACUUACCUAAUCAAAUGGCAUCCAUUUGAAUAAAAUGACAGUAACUAAAGCUAGUUAAUGUCAGUGACAUUAAACUAACUCAGGAUUCAGGAGUUUUAAUGUUAGAAUUUAGACUUAACAGAUAGAGUGUGGCUUCAUUUGUCCACGGUAGCCCAUCUCUCCUAAGACCUUUUGUAGUCUGUCUUCCUGCUUUCGAGCGUGAUGACAGUAAUACCCUGUUUAGUAUUCUCUUAUGCAUUUGGUUUGUUGGUUAGCCGACUGUCUUGAAACUAUUCAUUUUGCUUCUAUUUUAUUUUACAGAGGUAGCAUUGGCGGGUUUUUUUUUCCUCUCUCUCUCUCUCUGUUUGAAGUUUCAGUUUCUGUUUUCUAGGUGAGGCUUAUUUUUGAUUAGUAGUCAAUGGCAAAAAAAAAAAAACUAAAUCAAAGAUGACUUCUUUUCAAAAUUUAUUAUUUAGCACUUAACUCAGAUUAAUUUAUAAAUUAUUAAUCUUGAUACUCCUAAGGAUUUGUUACUUUUCUGCAUAUUAGGUUAAUUUUUACCUUACAUGUGAGAGUCUUACCACUAAGCCAUUUUGUCUCUGUACUAUUGGGAAGUUUUGGAAACCCCUGCCAGUGAUCUGGUGAUGAUCUGAUGAUUUAUUUAAAGAGCCGUUGAUGCCUCCAGGAAACUUAAGUAUUUCAUUAAUAUAUAUAUAGGAUUUUUUUCUUUUUUUUUUUUUUGCUUUGUCUUUCUCUCCCUUCUUUUAUCCUCAUGUUCAUUUUUCAGUGUUUGGAAGUAUGCAUGCAGGCCUAUAGAUGAAAAACACAAUUCUUUAUGUGGGUAGCAUGUGCAUUAAUGUCUCAACUACAUAUGCAAAAACUUCCUUUACAGAGGUUCGGACUAACAUUUAACAUGCACAUUUCAAAACAAGAUGUGUCAUGGAAAUAGCCCCUUUACCUGCCAAGACAAGCAGGGUUAUAUUUGUUUCAGUGACAGCUGAUACUUGUUUUGAAAGUGAAUCUCAUAUGUAUAUAUAUUACACAUUAUUAUGACUAGAAGUAUAUAAGAAAUGAUUAGAACAAAAGAAAAUUUCUAUUUUCAUGCAAAUAUUUUUCAUCGGUCAUCGCUCUCAAAUAUAAAUGAAAAUAUAACACUCCUGAAUGCCUGAGGCACGAUCUGGAUUUUAAAUUUGUGGUAUUCAUCGAAAAGAAGGUAUAUUUCUCCACCCACUUGGUAUUUCAAGAAAAUUUAAAACGAUCCCAAGGAAAGAUGAUUUGUAUGUUAAAGUGACUGUUUGCACAAGUAAAAGUCCGAUGUGUGCAUGAAAAGGAUUCCUUGGUUAUGUGCAGGGAAUCACCUCACAUGCUGUUUUUCCUAUUUGGUCUGAGAAACAGGCUGACACUAUUCUCUCUGAUUAAAAAAUAAACUCAUAAAACUCAUAAUGUUGAUAUAAUCAAGAUAUAACCACUAUAAAUAUGUAGAAAAGGAAGUUUUAAAAGACCUUAAGCUGGCAUUGUGAAGGAACACCAUGGUAGACUCUUUUUGUAAAUGUAUUUUGUAUUUAAUGAAAUGCAGUAUAAAGGUUGGUGAAGUGUAAUAUAAUUGUGUAAACAAACAAACCCUGUUAAUAGAGAGAUGUACAGAUUCGUUUUGUACUGUAUCUUGAAACUUGUGAAAUAAAGAUUCCACCUCUGGUUA